CCAACAAAAAAUAGCAAAAUCAAAACAAAAACAAAAACAAAAAUAAAAAUAAAAAUGAAAAAGUUUCCAGUGCCCAAAAUCCCAAUUGGAAAGCUGGAAGGAACUUGGAAGCCCUAGCUCCUCAGAGGUUCUCGUUUUCUGUGGCAUCGAAUUCCAAAGGGCCGAACGAACAAGAUGGUCUUCUACUUCAAAGCUCGAUCCGAGGUUGGCGAUUACACCAUUUUCAUGGGGCUCGACAAGUUCGAGAACGAGGAGCUCAUCAAAUAUGGCUUCCCCGAAGACAUUUGGUUCCAUGUGGAUAAAAUGUCUUCUGCCCAUGUUUAUGUUAGACUGCACAAAGGACAGACCAUUGAUGGUAUAAGUGAAGGUUUACUGGAGGACUGCGCACAGCUUGUCAAAGCAAAUUCCAUCCAAGGCAACAAGGUGAACAAUGUCGAUGUUGUUUACACUCCCUGGUCCAAUUUGAAGAAAACUGCCUCCAUGGAUGUUGGUCAAGUUGGUUUCUACAAUUCAAAGAUGGUUCGAACUGUGAGAGUGGAGAAGCGGAUUAAUGAGGUAGUUAAUAGAUUGAACAGGACAAAAGUGGAAAGGAAGCCUGAUUUAAAAGCUGAGCGAGAAGCGGUCAAUGCAGCAGAAAGAGCUGAGAGAAAGCAGCUGCUGAGGGACAAGGUAAGUUCCUCCUCCUCCCUUGGCCAAUAUGAGAAACGACGUGAGGAGAUGGAAAGGCUUGAGAAGGAGAGACAAGCAGAGCUAAGGAGCUACAAAGGUUUGAUGGUUUCUGAAAAUAUGACAUCUAACAAACAAAUUGCAUCGGCAAACAAGUCAUUGCAGGAACUGGAAGAGGACUUCAUGUAAGGAUAUCAUUGUCUAUGAGUUGGGUGAGAUGCUGCUACCUGCCGCCCAUUAAGAUUGCAGUUUAUCAUUCAGUUUGUGAGUUAGUCCUAAAAGUUACUUCCCUUCAUGAAUAUAAUAUGUCAUAAACCUUGUAAUUUGUUGCUGUCGAUAAGAAAAAGAGAAAAUGCAAAAAAUGGGGGUAGAAAAAGAAAAGGGUUUUAUGGGUGAAGUUUGGUUGGGGGAAGUCUCUUUCUUGUCACUGCAUGUUGUAUGUGGUUCAUAAUGAUGAUACCACACAAAUCAAACUUCAUUCAGGAUGAUGGGAGAUAAACUUGUUAUUUUGCUGUCAAAUUUCUUGCAAAAGUAUUUUACUGCAUUUUAAAACCCUUAUUUAUAUUU